CUGAUAGCAUUUUUUUUUUUCAGUUGUAACAAACAAUGGAGUGGGACGAACAAGUGAAGGAAGGGGUUCUAAAGAAGUUAAAGUGGUUGCAGCAACGCAACGAACCACCGGUUUCAUGGGUAACGGAAUUAGUAGAAUAUCUCAACUCACUCGGCGCUGAGUUACCCAGCCCCGAGUUAGGGGAGCUUCUAGUUUCCCAUCUUUGCUUCAACAAUAACCAUAACCACCCUUCCUUGUGGAAGUUCAUGAACCACGCACUUUCCUCUCGCCUCUUUUUCCCUCUCCAAGUUCUCUCUCUUCUCUCUUCCAACCUCAUUCCUCAUCGCCAUUCUCUCCCUCACGCUUUUGCUCUCUUUCUUCAACUUCUCGCUCAACACGCUUUCUCCUUUCACCCAAACGUCACACCACUCUCUCGCAAUCUCAAGAUAAUAGAUUCUGUUGACUUUGCGUUUAAACUUUCUGAAAAUUUCAAAAUUCGUGAUCUGGAGCUUGGACAUGUGUUUGUGCUGUUCUUUUACAGCAUUAUCAUUGCUUUGAUUGAUAGCACAUUAAGUGAUUGGGGAUUACAAGUUAGCUUUGAUGAAAGAUCAUGUUUAGUCCCGAAAGGUGACCAGUAUAUGGAAAUUGAUCAUAAUGUGGCGCAUAAUUAUAAAAAAAAUGAAUAUCAUGAACAGAUAAGGAAGAGAAAUUCCUUCACUGCCUUAGAGGUAUUGGAAAGACUUACUGCAAGCAGAAAGGCAACGAUUCUUCUGCAGUCUGUUCUCUUGAACAUGCCUGAAAAAUUCAAUUGCCUCCUGCAGAGGCUUCAAUUUCUUGAAUCCCUUGAAUUAACAUCAUCAGAAUUAAAAUUAGUAAACCAAGUCCUAACAAAAGUGUCUGCAAACAUCCGUGGAGUUUCUCAUUUUAAUUACUCCCUAAGUAAGCAUCAGCUGGUUGGGAUGCUUGUUGAUGUUGGAUCAUGUAAGCCAUUGUUGAGAUGCAACUACAGAUCUUGUCAGUCUCCUUGUUGGGUUCCCUUUGAUAUUUAUAUGGAGAAUGCUAUGGAUUCUAGACAAAUUCCUACCAAAUCAGCUAUUGAUGAGCUUACAGAAGGAAUCAAGACACUUCAAAUAUUUAACCAGGCUAGUUGGCAAGAAACUUUUCUAGCACUUUGGCUCUCGGCCCUUCGGCUUGUGCAGCGAGAACGUGAUCCUCCUGAAGGCCCUAUUCCCCAUCUUGAGGGCCGUCUUUGCAUGCUUUUAUCUAUUGUCCCCUUGGCAAUUGCAAAUGUUCUAAGGGAUGACGCUGAACAUAAUCCGUCUUCUGUUCAAGUGUCUAAGGAAUCAGAAUUCAGACAUGAAAUGAAGAGUGAUAAUUCUAGGAAACUUGGACUGAUUUCAUCUGUUCAAGUCCUUGGACACUUUUCUGGCCUCCUAUGCCCCCCUGAAUUAGUUGUUGAUGCAGCCAAUCAGGAAGCUAGAAAAGCAGUCAGCUUUAUUUAUAAUUCUAUGAUUGAAAAGGGUGAAUCUGUCACUGGCACUCAUGCUAAUACAAAUACAAAAGCAGGUGGGAACUUGAGGCAUCUCAUAGUGGAAGCUUGCAUAGCUAGGAAUUUAAUGGAUACAUCGGUGUACUUCUGGCCUUGUUAUGUGUCUACAUCUAUUACGUCUUUGUCAGAUUCAUCACCACUAGAAAAAUCUCCAUGGUCAACAUUUAUGGAAGGAACACCAUUAAACAAUUCCCUUAUAAAUUCCCUUACGGUGACCCCUGCCUCAAGCCUGGUGGAGAUAGAGAAGUUAUACUAUAUUGCAUUAAAUGGAUCAGAGGUGGAAAGGCCUGCAGCUGCAAAGAUUUUAUGUGGUGCAUCCCUUAGCCGUGGAUGGUAUAUUCAGGAACAUGUGGUCCAGUAUGUGGUCAAGCUUCUUGCUUCUCCUGUACCUCCUAGUCAUUCUGGAUCUUGGAGCCUCUUGGUUGAUAAUAUGUCCAUGCUAAGUGCUAUCCUUCGCGGAGCUUCCUCUGUUGAUACAGUUCAUAUACUUUCUUUACAUGGUGUUGUCCCUACAGUUGCUGCUUCUUUAUUGCCACUUUGCGAGGCAUUUGGCUCAAUUAAACCAACUUCAAGCAGCACAGGCGAUGAGCCUUCAACGUCAAUAUACAUGGCCUUUUCUUUAGCAUUUCUUUUCCUUAUACGUUUAUGGAAAUUCUGUGGACCCCCUCUUGACCAGUGCAUCACCGAAGGAGGAGGCGCAGUUGGAGGUUUGGAGUAUCUUUUGUCAUUGCACAACAAUCGCAUUAUGUCUUCCCAAGAUAAGCUAAAAAGCAAUCGAAGUCUCUUUGAGUCUGCAUCUGUUAAACCUGUAUAUAUUGAUUCAUUUCCAAAAUUACGGGCCUUGUAUUGUCAAUACAAAUCUUGUGUUGCUUCAGCCCUUUCUGGCCUUUCUACUGGAAAUUCCAUUCAUCAAGUUGCUGAUAUGAUCUUGAGCAUGAUUUACCAGAAGAUGACUAAAUGUGGAAUCUCGCCAAGUAAUUCUUCAUCACCAACUAGCGGUAAUGCAUGUAGCUCAGUCAUAAAUGGUGGUGAAGAUGCUUUUCAAAGACCUAUGCUUCCUGCAUGGGAAGUAAUGGAAGCUCUUCCAUUUGUCCUUGAAGCAAUUUUAACUGCUUGUGUUCAUGGGAGGCUUUCUUCACGAGACUUGACAACAGGUUUGAGAGACCUUGUUGAUUUUCUCCCAGCAUCGCUUGCUGCCAUUAUUGAUUAUUUUUCUGCAGAAGUUACUCAUGGUGUAUGGAAACUAGUUCCAAUGAAUGGAACAGAUUGGCCUAGUCCAGCGGCAGUUCUUCAAUCAGUUGAGUCAGAAAUAAAAGCUAUCUUAGGUUAUGUUGGCGUUGAGGUUCCAAACUGUUCUUCUGGAGGUUCACCAAUAAUGCUUCCUCUGCCAAUGGCAGCUCUUGUCAGUUUAUCCAUUACUUUUAAACUUGACAAGAGUCUGGAGUACAUCCAUGCUAUUACUGGAGCAACUUUGGAAAAUUGUGCAUCAGGUUGCCCUUGGCCUAGCAUGCCUAUAAUUGGCUCUCUGUGGGCCCAAAAGGUUCGCCGCUGGCACAACUUCAUUGUUUUUUCAUGUUCUCGUUCUGUGUUUAGACAUAACAAAGAAUCUGUCGCUCAACUGUUGAGAAGUUGCUUCACCUCAUUCCUUGGAACAUUGAAGUUGACCGCGGAAUGUAGUGUGAAUGGCCUGUUGGGUAGCACCAUUACUGUCCCUGGUGUCUGUCCUUUUGUUGCUCCAGGGUUCCUUUUCCUUAGGUCCUGUCGAAAUAUACACAAUGUGCAGUAUCUAAACGAUGUAAUUGUUGGUCUUGUGACAGAGUAUUCUAAUGAAUUAGCUGGCAGAAGGGCGAGUUCUGGUUCUCACCACUUAAAAUCCAAUGAAGCAUCACUAUCCCUAUCUGCUCAAAGUGCAAAAGAGGUAGCAACCCUUGGUGCAAGUCUCUUAUGUACUACAGGUGGUAUCCAACUGGUUCAGGAAUUGUAUAAGGAAACUAUUCCUACCUGGCUGCUGUCAUCAAGGGAUGUGAAGCACAACAAUGAUAGUGUCGUGUCUUAUAUACUUGAAGGUUAUGCUAUGGCAUAUCUGGUGAUACUGUCAGGUUCAAUUAUAUGGGGUGUUGGGACUAAGUUACCACCUUGGACAUUCUCUAGAAGGAACCGCACCAUUGGGGUCCAUUUGGACUUCUUGGCAGAAGUCAUGGAGAGGAAAUUUUCACUCAGUUGUAAUCCUAUUACAUGGAAAACUUAUGUCUGCUGUUUAGUAGGAUUAAUGGUUAGUCUUGCACCAGCAUGGGUUCAAGAAGUGAAGGUGGACACUUUGAGGAAAUUGGCGCGUGGGUUAAGCAGAUGGAAUGAACAUGAACUGGCACUUUCUCUACUUCAAAGAGGGGGUCCUGCAGCUAUGGGAGCUCUUGCUGAACUUGUCAAUGUGAUUGAGUUUUGAACAUAGGAUGCCAUGCUCAUAAUUGUACGUAUGAAGACUGAAUAGUAUAAUGUCAAAAUUGCUUAAAUAGUAAGUGCAUGUUUGGAUCUUUUUUUUUUAGCUUCUCUUCUCCUUAUAAACAGAA